UGUGUGUGAGAGAGAGAGAGAGAUAAAAAAGAGAGCGUUUCCAGAAUGUGACGGAGCCACGCAGGUGGGCGGUUCUUGGCGGCUCACAGCGGCCAAUCGGAGGCCUGGCUGUACGGUGUCGAGCACAGCUGAUCGAUGAGUCAGGGGGCGAGAGCAGCCGAAAAGGUCCCACUUGUUGCUGAGCAGGAGCGGCGACAGGAGCUUCAGCUGACGGACGGACGGAGAGAGAGAGAGAGAGAGAGAGAGAGAGAGAGAGAGAGGGAGGGAGACAUAUCGAUCCAUCUUCGCCUCACGUCCUCCAAUCUGCCGGUAUACACAAGCAGGCGCUCCGCUGCAGAGCUCCACGGCCGCUUCAGUGCUCACGUACCCCGCGCUGCUGCCUCAUCCGCGGCUCUCAGGAAGUCUGGUUUGAUGUCUGCGUCAGUCGUGAAUGCAUCGCUGUGUGGACGCGUCAGUCUGGUCUGUGGACUCCUCCUCCUGGCCUUUUCACCGCUCCUCACGGCAGGCCGACUGAGUAACUGCAGUCACCCUCUGGUGCCAGAACAUGGAGGUUUCCGAUGUGACCCGUCCCCGUGUCGAGGUUUCCCCCACAAGAGCGCCAUCCACGUCUUCUGUGAGCCGGGAUAUCACCUCAGCAGCAAGCUCCGUGUCUCCCGGUGCCGCCACGGGAAGUGGCAGCCUGCCAUACCUGCCUGCGUCCCCAUCAGAGAAGGUCCAAACCUGAACUCUGACAACAGAGUGAACGACUCGAUGCCCAGCAUGGCCACAACCGCGGUGGGCGUGUCCAUCUUCCUGCUCACCACCACUGCAUGCCUGGUCAUCAAGUCCCGCCUCUACCCCUGUCGAUCACGCAGCAGCCGUCGCUCUUCCGACCAGCUGGACCUGAUGGUGGACGGACUUCCUGUCUCCCUGCCCUCCUACGAGGAGGCGGUGUACGGCAGCUGGGGGCAGCGCCUGCCCACCUGCUCGGCGCCGGGGCCCACCCAGCUCCUAUUGGCUCAGGAGGCUCCCGACGGUCACCCGGCGUCUCUCAACAACCAACCGGACGGCAGUCGCCGCCCCCUCCUGUCCAGCCCCGACAACCCCCCGCCCCCUUACGAGGAGGUCCAGUCGUCCCACCCCAGAGACAGGACGGGGGACGCGGACAAGGACGCUUGACUGACGGGACAGGAAGGGGGUUCGAUUGACAGCUGCAGCGUUUACUCUGCAGAUGGUGAAACGAAAACCCAGACUGACAGCGGACUUCUGCACUUUCCCUGGUUGGCUCGCCGGCAUCGGGACAUUCAGUCCAAUCAAUCACAUGCUAGUUUGGACGAAGCCGAUGAGCUCUGAUUGGCCAGAUGUUAGAUCACAAAGACCUGAUUGAAGAGGAUAUUUCUACAUGAAACGUUGAUUGUAAAGUGCGUUGUGUGAAUGUAAGUGACAAUGUAAGUGAGAAGGGAGUUUACGUGCUGUCUGGUGAAAACCUUUUAUAACCCGAAUGCCUUUUGGUUAGUGAUAAAUAUAUAUUUCAUUGUUUAAACAAUAAGAUAUAUUAAGUUUAAAACUAAAAAUCAUCACACAAGCUAGAAUAAUGAGGUUUUCACAGUCGUAUAAAAGUAAAAGUGUGUGCGUGUGUGUUUUCAGUGUUGCUCUGGAGACGUCGUCCAUCCUUUCCCGUCAGUGACGGGGCCGAUCGCGCUGUUGCAGAAACCUUGUGUGUUUCCAAGGCAACAAACUAUAUUCCACUUGUGUCUGAUUCUACCUUUUGUGCAGCGUUUCUUUCAGCGGUGUUGAUUUAAAGCCAGCGUGGUGGAAAAAAGUAUUCAGAUUUUCACAGCAAUGCGUCAUAUUCUAUAAGAUCAUCAUUAUGUUUGUAGCGUCGCUGUCCUGUGAGAACCACGUAGGCUAUCUCUAAAAAGUCUUAAAACUUUUCAUGGUGUCAGAAAAACAGCCCUGUUUUUUUUUUUGCUUUGUGACGACGCAUUUUACCAGCUGAUCCAAGAGGAUUUUGAAAGACUUUAUUUAGAUUAAGGAGGAGGAGAACUUUCUCAACACAUUAAGGAAGACUUCAUCCUUCAGUUUAUCACAAACAUUCAUCAUCAACACAUCUGGAGAUACGUGGUUUUCACUGAACAGGAAGGGGAGGGUCAUUUGAAAAGUAACUUAAGCUGUCAGACAAAUUUAGUGAGGUAAAAUCUACAAUAUUUACCUCCUGAGAUGUUGUGGAAAAGAAUAAAGCUGCAAUAAAUUCUGCAAGUAAAGUACAAGUACCUCAAAUUGGUUACAUUCCACCACUGGUGCGCAGUAACCUUGGUAACAGGCGACAAAAAACAGCAUGUCGUGAUGUCGAUUUUUGUGUGCAGCGGAUUAUAUUUAAAGACUUGAAAAUGCUCAGAAAGCACACGGUGUUUCAGAGGGUUUCUCAGUGGUAAAUGACACGAAAAAUAAUAAUAUUUGGAUGAAUUUGAAUGUACAGUGAAAAGAAUCUGAAAUAAUGUGUACAUUUAUUUGCCCUGGUGGCAUCGGUGCAGACACACAGAGGUGCUUUUAAACCUGCAAAAAAAAAAAAAAGGAAAAAAAGCCCACAGAUGUUGGACCAAAAAAAAGUGAACUAAACAAACGGUGUCCUCACUUCAGCUGGCCGGUUCCCUCUCUUGAUGCCUUCACAGACCUUGAAUGUAAUUUAUGUUUCAUUUUGUGGCAACAAAUCUUGACUAUUAAUAUGGAAUUGUAAUAUUUACAGGAAGAUUAUUUGUACAUUGUAUUAUUGCACAAGAUUAUAUGAUAAAUAAAUGUUGAGGUGUUUGAUAUAA